AGGCCGUGGCGGCGGGGACGACAGCGGCACGGGUGCCGGCCGACUUCGCAGGCGGAGGAAGGAAAAGUUGGCUUCCAAAAGUGACUUUCCUCACUCCAGGGAAGUCGGCGGAGCCCUCAGGGACGGCGAACAGCUCCGAGGGGUAAAUCCCAGUCCUCAAGGCUUCCGUACCUCGCACCUUGAACGACAUGUGGUGGGGUCACCGGUUACACCGUGAAUGCCGUGAACGCGGUUGAUUCCCGGGUGCGCCCGGGCUCCGAUGCCCUCGGUUUCCACUCCAAACACAGACCCCUUUGCCUGUGGAAUGAGCUCCAGCAUGGGGUGAGAUACAAAAGAGAGACUUGAAGAGCCUGCUUUGGCACUCAAGCUCCAAAUCCUGCAUACUAGCGAGUGUCUUACUCUGCAUCCAUAAUGGAAGGAAAUGGGCACAGCACAUCCUACUCCAGAGGCACAAGAGGAGGACAUCCCACGCUGGCUACUCCUGCCCAGCCUUGUAGGGGAGCAGAAGCUCCAGAGCCUGGGCUUGCAGGCUCGUGGUGCAGGGUGAAACUGGCCACAUCCCACCUCUGGACAGCUGCAGUGUCUGCCCCUUAGAGAAGACCCCUGGAAUCGGACCAGUUUUCACGGCCGCCUCCUUUCCUCUCUGUUACAUUGCCCUUUCCAGGCCUUAAGAAAAGUAACACUUAGCCACAGCAUCAGGAGGUGGAUCCCAGAGUGUGAGUGGCACCUUCUGUGAACUCAUCCUCACUAUGUUCACCAUAUCUGCAACGGUGGCAGCGGGGAAGCCUUACAUGUGCGGCGAGUGUGGCAAGAGCUUCUGCUACAGCUCAGUGCUGCUACGACACGAACGAUCUCACGGCGGCGACAGCCGCUUCAGUUGCCUAGAAUGCGGCGAGCCCUGCGCAGGGGCUGCCGACCUCCAGGCGCACAGGCGCAGCCAUGCUGGCCAGACCCUCUACAUCUGCAGUGAGUGCGGCCAAAGCUUCCGCCACAGCAGCCGCCUUGACUUACACUUGGGCACACACCGGCAGCGUGGCCGCUCGUGCCUCUGCCGUACAUGCGGCCGCCGCUUCCCGCACCUCCCGGCGCUACUGCUGCACCGCCGCCGGCAUCAUUUGCCAGAACGGCCCCGCCGCUGCCCGCUGUGUGCCCGCGCAUUCCGACAGAGUGCGCUGCGCUUCCACCAGGUGCGGGCGCACCGUAAGGGGACAAACUCGGACCCUGCUGGCCCACGCCACCGUUGCGCGCAGUGCCCACGAGCCUUCCGAAGCGGCGCCGCACUGCGGAGCCACGUGCGCGUCCACGUGUCCCGGAGCCCCAGGCGACCCCGUGCCUCAGACACCCACCUGUGUGGCGUGUGCGGCAAGAGCUUUGGCAAGAACUCUACGCUGACGCGACACCUGCAGACGCACUCGGGGGAGAAACCGUUCAAGUGCCCGGAGUGCGGCAAGGGCUUCCUGGAGAGUGCCACGCUGGUGCGCCACCAGCGCACGCACACGGGCGAGAAGCCAUACGCAUGUGGCGACUGCGGACGCUGCUUCAGCGAGAGUUCCACGCUGCUGCGCCAUCGGCGCAGCCACCAGGGCGAGCGGCCACAUGCAUGCGCCACCUGCGGCAAGGGUUUCGGGCAGCGCUCCGACCUGGUGGUGCACCAGCGCAUCCACACCGGCGAGAAGCCCUUCCCGUGCCCAGAGUGCAGCCGCCGCUUCAGCGACCGCUCAGACCUCACCAAGCACCGGCGCACGCACACGGGCGAGAAGCCCUACCGCUGCGAACUGUGUGGCAAGCGGUUCACAUGCGUGUCCAAUCUCAACGUUCAUCGGCGCAACCAUGCUGGCCACAAGCCACACAAAUGUCCCGAGUGCGGCAAGGCCUUCAGCGUCGCCUCUAAGCUUGCGCUCCACCGCAAGACGCACUUGGGAGAACGGCCAGCGGAGUGUGCAGAGUGUGGCAAGUGCUUCAGCCAUAGCCGCUCGCUGUCGCAGCAUCAGCGAGCCCACACGCGCGCGCGCGCUGCCGCCGCAGCUGCCGCUGUUGCCGCUGUUGCCAUCCAGGCCGCGGUAGGCGCUGCCCUCGCCUUAGAGGGGGCGGCUGAAGAAACGUCAGGGUUCUUUGUGUCCUAG